AUGCGGCUUCCCAGUCUUUCGACACCAUCACGUCGACAAAAUCAGACGACAAUCGUCGUAGGCCUCGUCAUUCUGGCCCUCUGGACAGCGUUCGCUGUUUCUCAGGCAGUCCACCCACUACGUGACAGAAAUAAUGUGGGAACCAUCGAUAAACGACAUGACAACCUCGAAAGAAGACAGAUGUUUGGUCUUCCUGGUCUCCCUGUGGGCAUCUUCGGUGGUGGUCAACCCGCUUCAGUCCCCCACCCAGGUCCCCCUGCCACCGACACUACUCUUCCCCUAGCUGCUCCGGCUGCUCCCAAUAGUCAAAAUGGCCCUCUCGGUCUCGGCGGAUUGCUUGGCCAGACUAUUCCCACUGGAGUUGUUCAAGUUGUUGCUCCUUUAGCUCCAAUCCUAGGAGAAAUGGGUGGUCCACCAGCUUCUGCGGUCAACCCAGGCAACAUAGUACCCAGUGUAGUCAACGUUAUACCAGUUCAAUCACUGCUUCCGGUAGGCGGCGUUCCCGUUAUUCCGAUUGCUAUUACAGAUGGCCAAGGAUCUCAAACUGCAGUCAAUGAUGGACUACCUAAUCCCAUUCAAAGCAUAGUCGACGUCGGAGGCAACGUCGGUUCCAUUAUACCUUCAGUCCUAGGGGGAUUUACUGGAAUCUCUAAUCCUGUUGCAUCUCAAGCUGCCGGCGGUUUGCCAGUUCCUGUUGGUGCAGUUACUGCAGCCCUUGGCAACGGCGAUAUCAUCACCAAUAUACCUCCAGGGCUGGCCGGCAUUGUAUCCUCCAUCGUUAAUGGCUUGCCACCAACCAUCACCGCUCCUGCAGCCUUGUUUUCUCCGGUUCCCAUCGGUCUCUCCGCACCCCUCGUCGACCCUAUCAUAUCGAGUUUGAACAACGUGCAACCAAUCUCAGUUGUCAUGCCACUUUCAUCAGCUCUUCCAGUCAAUCUCAGUGGACUCAACGCACCCCAGCUUCCUGGCAGUCUCGGUAACAUAUUAGCCAGCGUCACGGGGGCUGCGGGCACAAUUGUCACUGCAGUCGGUCAGGCCGCCGAAGUCAUUCCUGGGAGUGGAAGCGUUGCCAGCUCAGCUUCGGUUACCAUGGACUUAACCCAAGGCAGUAUGUGCACCGUUGUCAACAUAGCUAAUGGGAUUCCAACCUUCAUUGUCACCCCGUGUUCCUCUACCGCUCCAACACCCCUCCAGACAACAGCUUCCCAGGGGUCUAUUUCCACAAGUCCCAUUGCCAUUACGACAACGGCAAGUUCUGUCGGUCCUAUCACAUCUUCGGCUCAGCCACAAGAUUCUAAUAGUGGCAAUGUGCCCCUGCCGCCUCAAACCACUGCGAUAACCUCACAAGUAGUCCCAGUUACAACAACGCCAGUUUCUGUCAAGCCUUCUGCUAUUAUGUCUGCUGGUGGUUCUGAUACAACGGCUUCGUCAUCUGCAGAGGCGUCUCAGAACAACAGCAACGGACAGCCCCAGAACACCCGUGGAGCAGCUCAACCUCCUUCCCAGCCCCAGAAUCCUGUAUCAGCUCGUCCUCCAGCCAAUUCACCACUUCCUGGCUCAGGCUCUAUCGUGAGCCAGUCUGGCGGUGCGGCUCCUGAUCCUGCCUCAACACCAGCUCACGCAGUCACCCCUUUCACAACAAUUACAGUUGCAGGUCCUCCUGCCUCCCCACCUGCUGGCGCGCCAUCCAAUGGAAGCGGCGGCCAGGGUGCACCUCCAACACCACCAUCCGGCGGGAUCUUUGGAGUUGGCGAAGAUCAAAACCCAGCGUCUGGGGUAAUUUCUCCACCGCCUACACCAGUCAUUCCAAUCUCCGAUUGUCCUGCAGUUGUACAAUGCCAAACAUGCCCAGUAUCUCCCCCCAAGCCACCUGCAGGCUCUGCGCCUUGCCCAGGUCGAGGAUACUCAUGCUCAGAAUGUAUUGAUGGUUGGUUCUGCCCCCCUCAAGAGACACCAAUGCAACCUGCACCCUGCGGCAUGGGCUGGCCUUGUUAUCAUUGUAAAGGCGGUUGGUAUUGUGCUCCUUCCGUCACUGAUAAGAUCCCUUCAAGCGCCAACGAUCCUCCAGUCAUUAUCAUCAAGACUGUGACUGCUUUCGUUGUAAGUCAACCCACUACAGCUCCAGACAGUGGAAACCCAGGUAGUGGUUCUAGAAACGGCAACCCUUCCAAUGUUGGACCUGCCAACAGUGCAACCACGCUCUGCUCAUCAGCAAAGCCCAGCCAACCUACUAGUAAUGGCAAUGGUCCAGGCUCCGGCAAGCCAUUAGCGGCCGACCCAAGCACCGGUUCUGGCAACGGACCAAGCAAUAGUGCUCCUCCAGGUACGGUGGUACCUAAGGCUGCUCCCGAUGUGUCUGGUUGGAAGCUUCUCGGCUGCUUCAAAGACUCUCCUAUUCGAACACUCGAUUGCGACCCAUCCAACUAUUUUGCUGGAAACAUGUCCAAUGAGAAGUGUGUUGCACACUGCAGCUCCAAGGGCUUCAAGCUCGCCGGUACAGAAUACGGAAAGGAGUGUUGGUGUGGUAAUGCAUUCCAGAUCGCUGAACGUCUCCCCCAAGAGCAGUGCAACGAAGUUUGCGACGGCUGUCCCACAGAAUUUUGCGGAGGCAAUUGGGCUGUUACCGUGUACAGUGCCGAUGGCCAGGCCAUGAACGUCCCUUCUGAUGACGAUACAAGCAACGGCACCGGCGAUGGCGCGGGUGGCACUGGCAAUCCGGAGACCGGAAACCCCUCGUCGCCUCCUCAAGGAAACUCACCUACUAAACCUCCAGUGACAACUACCCAGACGCCUUCUCAAGAUUCUACCAAGCCUCCUGCUCCUACACAACAAUCAUCGCUUGCCCCUGCAAGAGGCCAGCCAACGACGGGCAUCCCAACUUCAGCCAAGCCUAUUGAGCUGUCACAGGCAGAUGUACUGGCACUGCUUCAGAGCAUAAUUAACUCCUUGCCCAAGGGAAGCCCUAGUGGUGGGUACGGCGGCGGUCUAGGAGCAAGAGGCUCCGGCGCUGGUGGCAACGCCGCACCUGGUAAUGGCAACGGUGGUCUCCCUGACCUUGGAUCAUUAAUGGGACCUGGACCCGUGAUCCCACUUGCAGGACUUACAGAAUAUGGCCCAGGGAAAAGAGCAGUGCCCAGCCGGAGUAUGAAGCGGAGCCGCAUCAUAGGGCGUGCGCUCGCAGGCCGUGAUGUCUUGGAUUGUGUCGAAGGAGCUGAUGGGAAUGAUGAAGAUUGCGUUGGCGCAAAGUUUUAG